AUGGUUUGCAAUCUCUAAAUCUUCUGAACACCAGACCAUGACCAUGCCAGUCUUCCUACGUCAAUCCCAACAACUGCCCCCCUCCCCCCCACCCCACCAUCCCAGCAGCUUGCUUCUUAACCCUGAAGGAGUCACCACCACUCCAAAUUAUUUCUUCUAACCACUUUCUCCCCUCCCAUUAACCAAUUCAAUUAGGACUUUACCCAACCAAAAUCUGAUCUGCUAAUUGAAUAAUUCUGCCAUACAAGAUAAAGGAAAGCCCAUCAAUCUUUGCCCACAAUCAGACAACAAUUGUUUUGUAAAUUAGAAUCUGGGUUUUGUUUAAUAAUGGGCGGGGCAGGAGGAAACGUCGGGGCAGAGCAGCCGGGGGUGGCGGAGCCGCAGUAUGCCGCGGCGAAGAUAUCGGUUUGGUGGGAUAUAGAGAAUUGCCAUGUGCCUAAAGGAUGCGAACCCCACAUGAUCGCUCAGAAUAUAAGCUCUGCCUUAGUCAAGAUGAAUUAUUGUGGGCCGGUUUCGAUAUCUGCUUAUGGUGAUACUACUAGAAUUGGAUCUUCUAUCCAGCAGGCUCUAAAUAGUACUGGGAUUGCUCUCAAUCACGUCCCUGCAGGGGUUAAAGAUGCAAGUGAUAAGAAGAUACUGGUCGACAUGUUAUUCUGGGCAGUUGACAAUCCUGCACCUGCCAAUUAUUUGUUGAUUUCUGGUGAUCGAGAUUUUUCGAACGCACUUCACCAAUUGCGCAUGCGGAGAUAUAAUAUACUUUUGGCACAACCUCAAAAAGCAUCUGUUCCUCUUCUAGCUGCAGCAAAAAGUGUAUGGCUCUGGACAAGUCUUGUGGCUGGAGGACCUCCACUUACUAGUAGUGAAGCAUCCCAAUUUGUGAAUAACAGCUUUGGGUUUUCUUCCAAUGGUGACAAAUUACAUGUUCCAGUUUCUGAUUCGAUGCAGAUAAAUCAACCCCCAGAUUCAUUUUAUGACAGUCCCCAUUUGGGAAAUCAGAGGUUCCCAAAUAUGGGAAGGGGAACAGAUAUAAAAAACAAAGGAAGACAAAUUCGGAGAAACUUGACUCAACCAAUUAUGCCAAGAACUUCAAGCACACAAGAUGACCUUGACAAUGGAAACCCGCAAAGAUCAGGAUAUGGGCUUCCUAAACACUUUAAUGAUUUGCAUGAGUUUUCUGCUACUCAGAAUCCCAAGGUUCCAUUUAGUGGACCCUCCCCUAGUUUGAUUAAUCCAGAUCCUUUUCCAAAUAAUAUCAGUAUUCCUCAUAGCUCUCAACAAAUUCACUAUCCUAUUCCAGUUAGGCCGAACAACCUUCCUUCUCAGCUUGCAUUGCCUCCUGGUAACUUUUUACCGCCUAACUCUCAUAUCCAGUAUCCUUCACAUACAAUGCCUCCUGGUCCUCCCCGACCUGAUGCAUUGAGCUUUACCUCGGGACCCUUUACAUCUGUGCCUGAUAUUGGUAAGAUAAACAUUUCUGAAUACCCUAACAACCACAAGCCUUCUACUUGGAAUGGAGGAGAGCUUAGACAAACAUCUAUGACAGAACCUACCAACUAUGCCAAUUCAUACAGGCCUCAGAAAGGGCAAAAUUUGCAGAAGAAACCACCGGCGCCCCAUGAAUUAGUUGGAAAUAGGUAUCCAAGCCCUAGUCAACAGAUUCCACCACCACCUGCCCCAGAAGUUGGUAACACUAGUGUCUCUAUAUCUGAGAGUGGUGUUUGGGGAACUCCAGGAUGUCCUAAACCUUCUGAAUAUAUUCAAGGCCUUAUGGGGGUAAUUUUACUUGCAUUGAACACACUAAAAAAUGAGAAGCUUUUGCCUACUGAAGAGCACAUUUCCAAUUGCAUUCGUUAUGGAGAUCCCAAACAUCGCAACACUGAUGUUAAGAAGGCUCUUGAGUGUGCUGUUGAGCAGCAGCUGGUAGUUAAGCAGACCUUAGGUGCUGUGCAGCUGUAUGUUGGUAAGAAUGAGAGACUAUGGAACUGUAUAAACCUCGGGGAUACUAAUAUAAAGCAAUAUCCAAAAACAACUUGGGAUGAAAUCCAGAAAUUUCUGUCAUCAUCUUCUGGACGAACUGCAAUACUAGCUACUCAGUGCAGGUAUGAAGCAGCCACUGUCAUAAAGAGAACAUGCUUAAAAGAUCUUACAUUGGGAGAAAUUCUGCAGAUCUUAAACAUGGUAAUAUACAUGAAAAGAUGGAUUAUGCAUCAUCAAUCAGGAUGGCAACCGAUUAAGAUUGUUCUUGCAGAGACCUACCCUGAAACAGGGGUGGCCGCUGCUUCAUAAUUUCAUGUUAAACUAGUUAUGGGAGGGGAUAGAGCCUGAGGAUGGUGAUGGAUUUAUGUCUUCAAAAUGGUGGUUUGGAGUUAUAAAUAGGCUCUAUGUGGUCCACCUCCCACCUUCCUAAAGAAUAC